AUGAAAUGUUUAUCAAGAUCUGCUAUGUCUAUAUCAAAUUUAAAUAAUUCUGAAUUUAUCCUAACUGGUUUUGUGGGCCUAGAAGGUUACUAUCAGUGGGUCUCCAUCCCUUUCUCCCUCGUCUACGCCAUGGUGCUCCUGGGAAACUGCAUGGUGCUCCAUGUGAUUCGAACUGAGCCGAGCCUCCACCAGCCCAUGUUCUACUUCCUGGCUAUGCUGGCCCUCACAGAUUUGUCCAUGGGGCUGUCCACCGUCCAUACAGUGCUGGGCAUCCUGUGGAGGUUCAUUCAACAGGUCAGUCUGGAUUCCUGCAUUGCUCAGUCCUACUUCAUCCACGCUCUGUCCUUGAUGGAGUCCUCAGUCCUCCUAGCUAUGUGCUUUGACCGCUACAUUGCCAUUUGCAACCCCCUGAGGUACUCCUCCAUUCUAACUGAUGAAAAAAUCAUGAGGAUUGGCAUAGCAGUCUUAGGUAGGAGUUCUUUACUCAUUGCUCCAGCCAUUAUCCGCCUGAAGUUUUUAAACUACUGCCGUCCUCAUAUCCUGUCACACUCGUUCUGCCUACACCAAGACUUACUCCGAAUGGCCUGCUCAGACAUCCGCUUUAAUAGCAUCUACGCUUUGGCUCUGGUGAUUGGCACUCUGCUGUUGGAUGCAGUGCUUAUCCUCGUCUCCUAUGUCAUGAUCUUGCACACAGUUUUAGGCAUUGCAUCCCGGGAGGAGAGAAUCAAAUCCUUGCAGACUUGUGUGUCUCACAUCUGUGCUGUCUUGGUUUUCUAUGUCCCCAUUAUCGGUCUGACCGUGGUGCAUCGCUUUGGAAAACACCUCUCCCCACUCGUUCAUGUCCUCAUGGGCAACAUCUACAUCCUCCUCCCUCCCUUGAUGAACCCCAUCAUUUAUGGCAUCAAGACCCAACAGAUACGAAGGAGAAUUCAGAGCUGGUUGUACCUGAAAGGAACUUAG